ACAUUAGAUAGAUAGUAAGGAAACUAUUAGGGUAAUUCAAAACAACAAUCUGUAGUAAUUAUAGUAUUGUUGCACUGAAACAAGUACCAACAUCCUUCACAUUCUUCUCCUUUUGCUUGCUCUGUCUUCUUUUCAAUUUUCGAAGCAAUUUAAUUCUCACUUAAUUGUACGUAAAUAAGCCACCUUUUCAUUUUCUUUUUUAAUCCAGGACCAGGAUAGAAUCAUUUUUUACAUACAAGCCAUGUCCGACGCUCUAUUUCCAUCGGCACUCAACAAGCCACCUGGAUACAAUGACCCUAACUCGCCCGCUGGGUUUAAACCGUUGCCGCGAAAGCCGGUUCUUCCGCCAUCUUUCCGGCCCAAGAAAAAGAAGGGCCGUGUUUGUUGCUGCUGUUUUUGCAUCUCUUUCUCGAUCUUGAUUGCCCUGAUCAUCAUCUUCGCCGCCGUUUUCUACUUUUCGGUCAACCCCAAAUUACCACGUUUCCACGUCCAGUCAUUCCAAAUCCCCCGCUUCAACGUCACAGAAACACCCGACGGUACCUACCUCGAUGCCACGACGAUGACGGUAAUGGAAGUGAGGAAUCCCAACGGGAAGAUGACGUAUUAUUACGGCGAUACGGCGGUCGACAUCAGCGUCGGGGAAGGCGAGGACGAGACUGAGGUCGGGACGGCGAAGGUGCCCAAGUUCACGUCGAGGAAACAAUACACGACUAGCUUGAAAGUGGAGACGAAGGCAAGCAACAAGCAGGUGGAUAAUACGUUGGCGAAUAGGCUUCUGAGUGGGUACAAAUCGAAGAGUUUGGCGGUGAACGUGGCGGCUCGGACGAAAGUUGGAGUGGGUGUGGCGGGGUUGAAGACUGGCAUGUUGGGGAUUACCGUUAAGUGUAAAGGAAUCACCAUGAAACAGCUCGACGGUGAUGAUAUGCCUAACUGCCUCAUCCACACCUUAAGAUGGAUCAAAGUUCGUUGAUAUUGUAUGAAAAUAGGACGAGACGAGGUAUUUGUUUGAAUCAUUGUAUAAGUAUCUGCUUAGCUUUGUUUUAAUAUAAUUUGGAAUCAUCAUCGUUA